CUGGCUCAAUGUCUGGUAGUUGUGAGAGUCCAGUCCCCUGGGUGUGUGUCCAUGUAGCACUGGAAGUUUGAACUCAAUGCUUUGUCUUGUUGUUGUUUGUUGUUGCGGAAGCUAUGUUUCUUGGAAUAUUAUUCAGCAUUUCAAACUGUAAGUUGGUGUGGGAGUCAGACAGACAUUGGGACCCAUCGAGAUGUGCAGCUUGAUUCUCAGGAGGGACAGGAAGUAGACAUUCCAGGAGGUGCUGAGGAUCGUCAAGAUGGCCUCCAUCGCCAACCCGGUUCACAGCCAAAAUGCGCUGGAAUAGAGUGUGGCAGCGGAGAUGUGGGGCGGCGUUGCCAUGAUCAAGGCAGAGACCAUGAGCCUUCAGGGGACAGCACUCUUCUCUUGUGGAGUCAUGGAGCCCGGCAGCAGGUGGAGUGACGUGGGUCUGGGCCGGGGGUGUUGUGGAGCCCUGCAUCACCAGAGACCCUCAGUGGAGUCCUGUUGCCUGGAGAACCUGUGGGAUGUCCUGCCCUCCGCGGUUCUACCCCCCCACUACUACCCGAGCCCAGUCAGAGACGCAGGACUGGGUCCCACCAGCACCACCUCCAUCCCGGGCGCCAUCACCAGCCUGCUACAGGACCUGAGCCUGGGUGAGACGUCAGCCUCCUCACCCUCCACCGCUCCACCCUCCAAACGCCAGUGCCGCUCUGUCUCCUGCUCAGAGGACCUGGGCGGCCGGUCGUCGGCCUGGAGACCCCAGGGGUCCGGGGUGUGGACGGCUGUGGCGAAGAGGCGAUCCCACAGCGGAGGAAGUGUCCAGAGAGGAUUUGCAACAGGAGGGGGGACACGCUCUCCGCAGCUAGGGUUCCCUGCCAUGCAGCGUAGCUUCAGCUUCAGCCUGCCAGCUCGCUCCAACACCCUCUCCCUGGAUCUCACUGGCUUCACCCCCUGCCCUUCCUACUUCAGCGGCUUAGCCCCUCCCUCUUACUCCUCCCGGUCCUCAGAGCCCCCCAGGCCCUUCCUCUACCUCUCUCGUGAACACAUCUGCCUCCCAGAGAUCCAGGGAGUGCCGGCGUCGCCCCUGAGCUCCCCAGACUCCACCCCAGAGAUGAGGCGCCGUGCUGGGCAGGGGGGGCUGGCCCGGAGUCGCUCUCAGCCCUGCGUCCUCGGCGACAAGAAGAUGGGUAUGAAGCGGAGGAGACCAGCCGACUCACACAAACCGAGGCCUUCUCUGGACCUGACCAAGAUGACACAGAAACUUCGGAAUUUCCAAAGCCUCAGCUGCCCUGGGAUCACUGGGGACGACAGCUAUCAAUCAACCCAGGGCCCGCCCCCUCUGAGGACCACUGACCAAUGUGAGACUGACUUCACCUCUGCAGGCAAUCAGGGAUUGGACGAGCCAACCGCCAGAGUUGUUGCAAGUGUCUCUCGGGAGGAGGAUCUAGCCAUCUCCAUCGAGGAGCUGGAUUGGCUGAGCUCCCCUGUCUGUGAUGACGUGACAGAAGGGGCAGCCACUGGCACCAGGAAGGAUGUGUAUCAGCUGGGAGGAGAUCUGGACAUCGAUCAGAUAGAGAGGAACUGAACCCGGGUCAUUUUCAUUAGGCACCAAACGGAACAAAACAGACUGAAACGAGGAGCGAGAACCUGGAUAUGUCCAAUGAGAAAUGCUGCAAAAUGUUAAUGCAUUUUUUUUCUCAUGUUCCCGAAUGAACAUGACCCUGAACUAUACUUACCACCCUCAGGGGAAUGGGACUGAACUAUACUUACCACCCUCAGGGGAAUGGGACUGAACUAUACUUACCACCCUCAGGGGAAUGGGACUGAACUAUACUUACCACCCUCAGGGGAAUGGGAUUGUGAAAGGAAAGAGGAGUUGGGUGGUACAGUAGGUAAACCCUGCUGACAGUCUUAAAGGACAAACAAGUAGAGUACAGUAGUCCCUGUGAAGAGACCAGACUCCUGCUCUGACUAAACCCUGUAGACUACAGUAGUCCCUGUGAAGGGACCAGACUCCUGCUCUGACUAAACCCUGUAGACUACAGUAGUUCCUGUGAAGAGACCAGACUCCUGCUCUGACUAAACCCUGUAGACUACAGUAGUCCCUUUGAAGAGACCAGACUCCUGCUCUGACUAAACCCUGUAGACUACAGUAGUCCCUGUGAAGGGACCAGACUCCUGCUCUGACUAAACCCUGUAGACUACAGUAGUCCCUGUGAAGAGACCAGACUCCUGCUCUGACUAAACCCUGUAGACUACAGUAGUCCCUGUGAAGGGACCAGACUCCUGCUCUGACUAAACCCUGUAGAGUACAGUAGUCCCUGUGAAGAGACCAGACUCCUGCUCUGACUAAACCCUGUAGACUACAGUAGUCCCUGUGAAGAGACCAGACUCCUGCUCUGACUAAACCCUGUAGAGUACAGUAGUCCAUGUGAAGAGACCAUACUCCUGCUCUGACUAAACCCUGUAGACUACAGUAGUCCCUGUGAAGGGACCAGACUCCUGCUCUGACUAAACCCUGUAGACUACAGUAGUCCCUGUGAAGAGACCAGACUCCUGCUCUGACUAAACCCUGUAGACUACAGUAGUCCAUGUGAAGGGACCAGACUCCUGCUCUGACUAAACCCUGUAGACUACAGUAGUCCCUGUGAAGAGACCAGACUCCUGCUCUGACUAAACCCUGUAGAGUACAGUAGUCCCUGUGAAGGGACCAGGUCAUGUCUCUGACUAAACCCUGUAGACUACAGUAGUCCAUGUGAAGGGACCAGACUCCUGCUCUGACUAAACCCUGUAGAGUACAGUAGUCCCUGUGAAGAGACCAGACUCCUGCUCUGACUAAACCCCGUAGACUACAGUAGUCCCUGUGAAGAGACCAGACUCCUGCUCUGACUAAACCCUGUAGAGUACAGUAGUCCCUGUGAAGGGACCAGGUCAUGUCUCUGACUAAACCCUGUAGACUACAGUAGUCCAUGUGAAGGGACCAGACUCCUGCUCUGACUAAACCCUGUAGAGUACAGUAGUCCCUGUGAAGAGACCAGACUCCUGCUCUGACUAAACCCUGUAGAGUACAGUAGUCCCUGUGAAGAGACCAGACUCCUGCUCUGACUAAACCCUGUAGACUACAGUAGUCCCUGUGAAGAGACCAGACUCCUGCUCUGACUAAACCCUGUAGAGUACAGUAGUCCCUGUGAAGGGACCAGACUCCUGCUCUGACUAAACCCUGUAGACUACAGUAGUCCCUGUGAAGAGACCAGACUCCUGCUCUGACUAAACCCUGUAGAGUACAGUAGUCCCUGUGAAGAGACCAGACUCCUGCUCUGACUAAACCCUGUAGAGUACAGUAGUCCCUGUGAAGAGACCAGACUCCUGCUCUGACUAAACCCUGUAGACUACAGUAGUCCCUGUGAAGAGACCAGACUCCUGCUCUGACUAAACCCUGUAGAGUACAGUAGUCCCUGUGAAGGGACCAGACUCCUGCUCUGACUAAACCCUGUAGACUACAGUAGUCCCUGUGAAGGGACCAGACUCCUGCUCUGACUAAACCCUGUAGAGUACAGUAGUCCCUGUGAAGGGACCAGACUCCUGCUCUGACUAAACCCUGUAGACUACAGUAGUCCCUGUGAAGGGACCAGACUCCUGCUCUGACUAAACCCUGUAGACUACAGUAGUCCCUGUGAAGGGACCAGACUCCUGCUCUGACUAAACCCUGUAGACUACAGUAGUCCCUGUGAAGGGACCAGGUCAUGUCUCUGGGAGUGAAAGGUGGAGAGUAUCUGUCGUCUGUCUGGGCUAUCAGCAUUUCUCUCUUAGCCUGAAUGCCUUAUCUACAACGAUUUACUGGGUAUGAACAGAAUAAACAACUGGUUUGUAUAACGAUGUACUGGGUAUGAACGGAAUAAACAACUGGUUUGUAUGACGAUGGACUGGGUAUGAACGGAAUAAACAGCUGGUUUGUAUAACGAUGUAUUGGGUAUGAACAGAAUAAACAUCUGGUUUGUAUAACGAUGUACUGGGUAUGACCAGAAUAAACAGCUGGUUUGUAUAACGAUGUACUGGGUAUGAACAGAAUCACACAGCUGGUUUGUAUAACGAUGUACUGGGUAUGACCAGAAUAAACAGCUGGUUUGUAUAACGAUGUACUGGGUAUGAACAGAAUCACACAGCUGGUUUGUAUAACGAUGUACUGGGUAUGACCAGAAUAAACAGCUGGUUUGUAUAACGAUGUACUGGGUAUGAACAGAACACACAGCUGGUUUGUAUAACGAUGUACUGGGUAUGAACAGAAUAAACAUCUGGUUUGUAUAACGAUGUACUGGGUAUGAACAGAAUCACACAGCUGGUUUGUAUAACGAUGUACUGGGUAUGACCAGAAUAAACAGCUGGUUUGUAUAACGAUGUACUGGGUAUGAACAGAAU